AUGAGUGAUUGUGAUGGAAAUUUUAUGGAUGAUUUUUCUGCACUGUCCAGUCCUAGAAUAAGAGAGGCAUUAGCAAUGCUGGAUCAAAACGAAAAUGGUCUAUAUCCGAUCAGCGAGACGUUCCCUCAAACCAACGUAUCGCCUGAUCCUCAGUCUGAACAAAGAUCUGGUGGUCUCCGCGACAGAAUGGCUGCAAAACUAGGAUUUGAUAUUCCACCGCUCGAGAUAGGGAGGGUCAGUCCAUCUGCUAAUCUUUUCAGUAACCCGAUUCUUGUUCCUUCUCCUAUCCUCGUAAUUUCUCCAGGAUUCAGUCUCUCUCCAUUUUUGCAAUCUCCAAAUAUGUUGUCUAACUCUUCUUCACAGAUUGUCCCUCCGUGUCCAAUCCCUAAUGACGCGCCUCCUAAGACGGUGGAAAGUUCUGGUGACGCCCACGCAACGAUGAUUAUAUCCAACAACAAUCUUCCUCAUCAGCCGAUCGAAGUUGAUCUGCCUCCUCAAGGAGGCUCUGAUGAUAUUCCAACGGGAAAUUCUGGUGCUCCUUUAGUCCCUUCUUUUGAUUCUGAAAUUGUUGCUGUAGCUGAUGUUAUGAACCCCAUCUCCCUUGAAAGUGGUAGCAAAGAUGAUAACAAGGACAGAGAAUACAACCAAGAGGAAGACAAAGUCGAAGAUCACAACGUUGUUGUAGAACCUCCAUCUCGAAAGAGAAAGUCCCAAGUUGAAAGCGAAGAAGACCAUCCUGACGAUGGCUUUCGCUGGAGAAAAUAUGGUCAAAAAGUUGUCACAGGAAAUGCAAAUCCAAGGAGUUACUACAGAUGCACAUACACUGGGUGUGAGGUGAAGAAACUUGUAGAGAAAAACGUAGAUAAUGUGAAGUUAGUGGUGGCUACAUACGACGGGAUACAUGAGCACGUUCCACCACCUGAACGCAUAAGAAAAUCCAGUGCAAAGAAUCAAUCUGGUUCGUCAAUUUCUCAAGAUCCUACCCUUGGGUUAGGUAUGUUGCCUUCUUCCGUUUCGACCUCUCAGCUUUUGCCCUCUCCCUUGGCCCCACAAAUGGAUAUGAUGCAAUACUAUAUGGAUGGACUCUCUAAGCUGCCAAGUUUGCCGGUUAACCAGAAUCAUGGUUCUGUGAACCGGGAUGAUGAAACGAUGACUGAUCGUGUGAUAUCCGACGGUACAGAGGUAUACAAGGCGAUAAGGGAUUGA